GCGCGCGUAAGAUCAGCGAACGGGGAGAAAGAAAAAAGUGACACAUCUGCGUGGCGUCCCCGCGCCAAGAGCGCGAAAUGAGCCUUCCUCGAGCCAUUCUAUUUGCUUGUGGUGUCCAUUCCCACAAGGCUCCGCCCCUGCCGUGGGCGAGUUAGUUGGUACCGCCCCCCGCAGCCAUGUUAGGGAAGAGGAGGCGUGACUCAGGAGAUGGCUCGCGGCCGCUCGUUGCCUUUCUGGUGCUCUUUAUAGAGUACAGCCACUUCCGCUAUCUGCUUGGAAGCGACGCAAACAUGGCGGAGCGCGGUCAGCUUUCUUUCCCUGCUAAGCGCAUUUGUAGUAGACCAGGCUAUGGCUCUGGGUGCCGGCCAGGACAGCUAGUAGGCGGCACCGGACUCGGUAACGGGGCGUUCUGCGCCGGAUCCGCCGCCGCCGUUGCUGCUGCUGCCGCCGCUGCUCUGGGGCGUCUGCCAUUCGGCAAGACCCAGAGCCCUGAAACCCUACUAGACAUCGCAGCUCGCAAGGUGGCGGAGAAGUGGCCCUUCCAGCGGGUGGAGGAGCGGUUUGAGCGGAUCCCGGAACCGGUGCAGCGCAGGAUCGUCUACUGGUCCUUCCCCCGCAGCGAGAGGGAGAUCUGCAUGUACUCUUCCUUCAACACUGGCGCCGAGGACUACACCGCCGUCCCUAGGGGGGGCACCGCUGGUACCGUGCCCAGUGCGGGUGCGGACACCGCCGCCACCGACGAGAACCUUCUGCCUUUCCGCAGGGGUAUUGCUCUGCUAGACGGUGGCUGUGUUGAUAACGUCCUACAAGUCGGUUUUCACCUGAGUGGCACGGUGACAGAGCCUGCAAUGCAAUCAGAGCCAGAAACUGUUUGCAAUGUAGCUAUCAGCUUUGAUCGUUGCAAGAUUACAUCAGUGACCUGUAGCUGUGGAAACAAGGAUAUAUUUUACUGUGCCCAUGUUGUGGCACUCUCUUUAUACCGGAUCCGCAAGCCUGAUCAGGUCAAACUGCAUCUUCCCAUUUCAGAAACACUCUUUCAAAUGAAUAGAGAUCAACUACAAAAAAUUGCACAGUAUUUGAUCACAGUGCACCACACAGAAGUUUUGCCAACUGCUCAAAAAUUAGCAGAUGAAAUUCUUUCUAAGAAUUCAGAAAUCAAUCAAAUCCACGGUGCUCCUGACCCAACAGCAGGUGCUAGCAUAGAUGAUGAAAACUGCUGGCAUUUAGAUGAGGAACAGGUCCAACAACAAGUUAAACUCUUCCUCUCCCAGGGUGGAUACCAUGGAUCAGGGAAGCAGCUCAAUUUGCUUUUUGCGAAGGUGCGAGAGAUGUUAAAGAUGAGAGAUUCAAAUGGAGCUCGCAUGUUGACGUUGAUAACAGAACAGUUCAUGGAUGACUCUCGUCUGUUGCUUUGGAGACAACAAGGAACUGCAAUGACUGACAAGUAUAGGCAGCUCUGGGAUGAAUUGGGUGGUCUUUGGAUGUGUAUAGUCUUAAAUCCUCACUGCAAGUCGGAACAGAAAGCUGGUUGGCUAAAACAGCUGAAAAAAUGGAACAGUGUGGAUGUUUGUCCCUGGGAAGAUGGAAACCAUGGAAGCGAGAUAACUAAUUUAACCAAUGCUUUGCCUCAGGGUGCAAAUGCUGACCAAGAUUCAUCGAACAAGCCACAUCGGACAGUGUUCACUCGAGCUAUAGAGGCAUGUGAUCUGCACUGGCAGGACAGCCACUUACAGCACAUUAUCAUCAGUGACCUAUACACCAACUACUGUUACCAUGAUGACACUGAAAACUCCCUCUUUGACUCUCAUGGGUGGCCUCUGUGGCACGAACAUGUUCCUACAGCCUGUGCAAGGGUGGAUGCAUUGCGAUCUCAUGGAUACCCACAAGAAGCCCUGAGGCUAGCAAUAGCUAUUGUAAAUACACUAAGAAGACAGCAGCAGAAACAGCUGGAAAUGUUCCGAGCUCAGAAGAAAGAACUUCUCCACAAAGGUGUAACCUCAAUAACGAAUCUUGAAGGUUGGGUAGGACAUCCAUUGGAUCCAAUUGGCACCCUCUUCAGUAGCCUGAUGGAAGCCUGCAGAGUGGAUGAUGACAGCUUCCAUGGAUUCUCAGACAGAGAGAGCACGGAGCAAUGCAAAUCUCUAGAAUACCACCACUUGCCUGCACACAGGUUCUUAGAAGAAGGAGAAUCUUAUUUAAUGCUGGCUGUGGAAGUAGCAUUGAUAGGGCUGGGACAACAACGAAUAAUGCCAGAUGGCUUAUAUGCACAAGAGAAGGUUUGUCGAAAUGAGGAGCAGCUCAUUUCUAAACUACAGGAAAUUGAAGUGGAUGAUUCUCUGGUGAAGAUUUUCCGAAAACAAGCAGUCUUCCUAUUAGAAGCUGGACCAUAUAGUGGUUUAGGUGAAGUCAUCCAUCGAGAGAGUGUUCCAAUGCAUACAUUUGCCAAGUAUCUUUUCACUUCUCUCCUACCUCAUGAUGCUGAAUUGGCAUACAAAACUGCACUGAGAGCCAUGUGGUUGCUAGUAUUGGAAUCUGUGGCUCCUUCAGGAGAUGUGUCCCACCCAUACCACAUUGCAUCUGUUGUGCCAAAUCGCUAUCCCCACUGGUUCACCCUAAGUCACAUUGAAUCCCAACAAUGUGAGCUGGCAUCAACCAUGCUAACAGCAGCCAAAGGUGAUGUUCGGAGGCUGGAAACAGUGUUAGAAUCCAUCCAGAAAAAUAUUCACUCUUCAUCACACAUCUUCAAACUUGCCCAGGAUGCAUUUAAAAUAGCAACACUCAUGGACAGCUUGCCAGACAUCACUCUUCUGAAAGUUUCUCUCGAGUUGGGCCUUCAGGUGAUGAGGAUGACACUGUCAACACUGAAUUGGCGACGGCGGGAAAUGGUGAGGUGGUUGGUAACAUGUGCAACAGAAAUAGGUGUUUAUGCACUGGAUAGUAUCAUGCAAAACUGGUUUACACUUUUCACUCCAACAGAAGCCACUAGUAUUGUUGCUACAACAGUGAUGUCCAACAGCACCAUUGUCCGUCUGCAUCUGGACUGCCAUCAGCAGGAGAAGUUGGCCAGCAGUGCUAGGACACUUGCUCUACAGUGUGCCAUGAAGGAUCCUCAGAACUGUGCCCUCUCUGCAUUGACCUUAUGUGAAAAGGAUCACAUAGCUUUUGAGACUGCUUACCAAAUUGUUCUAGAUGCUGCUACAACCAGCAUGAGCUACUCACAGCUUUUUACAAUAGCACGAUACAUGGAGCAUCGUGGUUACCCCAUGCGGGCCUACAAACUGGCCACUUUGGCUAUGAUGCAUCUCAACCUGAGUUACAAUCAGGACACACACCCUGCCAUUAAUGAUGUUCUGUGGGCAUGUGCACUCAGCCACUCCCUUGGGAAAAAUGAGCUAGCAGCUAUAAUACCUCUUAUAGUCAAAAGUGUCAAAUGUGCAACAGUACUAUCAGAUGUUUUACGAAGGUGUACUUUGACCACCCCUGGCAUGGUGGGACUUCAUGGAGGAAGGAGGAACUCUGGUAAGCUCAUGUCACUGGACAAAGCUCCUUUAAGACAACUCUUGGAUGCCACAAUUGGAGCCUAUAUUAAUACAACUCAUUCACGUCUCACUCACAUCAGUCCACGACACUAUAGUGAGUUUAUAGAGUUCCUCAGCAAGGCCCGAGAAACCUUCUUAAUGGCUCAUGAUGGACACAUCCAGUUUACACAAUUUAUUGACAACCUAAAACAAAUCUACAAAGGCAAAAAGAAACUGAUGAUGUUGGUUCGUGAGCGAUUUGGUUGACAAAAAUGCAUGAAGGGAGAUGGAGGGCUUUGUUUUUACUUGACCCUGCCUUUGUAUCCUUUUGAAUAGAGCCACAUUGGUAUUAUAUGUGUAUAGUUGUAUUGAGUUUGCAAACUAAACUGUCAUGUUGUGAAAGUUUGUGUGUUUGUUUUUUUUCCUUUUUUUCUGUUUUGUAUGAGAGGUUAAAAAAGUUUUGAUUUACACUGAGUAUAUGUUGUCAAGUGGCAAAACCCCACAUCACUCUCCUUUCUGUAUUUUCACAUCUUCAAAAACAAACAUAUUGCAAUGGCUUUAAAAAACAAACAAAACACCUCUAUCCUGUGAGAAGUACCUCAAAUGGAUUCAGCUUUACUCCUUUGUAACUCAUCCUUACAUUUUGGCAUCUUUAAACAAGCCAACAAAUUAAAUACAGUUAAAAGGAUGAACAUGUGGCUUUGCAGUACUGUUCAUCCAGAAGCAUGGCACACAAUGCAUGUGUGGAAACUUAGCAACUGUCAACAUACAUUCUCAGGGAUUUAUUAAAAAAAAUAAAAGAAUGAGAGCAUUUAUUGUACUGUAUAUAUAUAUUAUAGUAUAUGUCUGAAUAUUGAAAAAAUAUAACAUUAAUUUAUAAAAAAUAUAUAUGUCAUGCAAAAUACUUGAAGCUGCAAUAUCUUGGUUUUAAACAAAAAAGAAAACCUAUCUGAAGGACUAAAGUGCGCCUUGCUUCACGUUUGGCUCAGGUGGUGAACUAUAUGCUGGGCAUCUAUGCAGAACCACCUUAUGGAUUGCAUGGUUGAACUGAUACCACUGGGGAAAAUUUAUAUAAAUAUAUAUAUAUAUAUAUAUUUAUACAACCUGCGUAUGCAUAUAUAUGUAUACACACAUGCUUGUAACAGGCACUAUAGUAAAAAGGGACAACAAAAAAUACACAGCUAGAGCAAGAAUCCUUGGCAUUAAGAAUGCCAGGAUUGAGGUUUGUGUCUCCUAGCCUAGGAAACCUAAAGAAAUAUCCUUUUUGACACAAAACACAAAAUUAUUGAAAUGAUACAUUAUGCCUUUUCAGUGAGCUAACAAUAAGCUGACCUUUGUGCACAAAUACAUAUAUAAUAUAUAUUCUGAAUUGGUAUUUUGACUUUGUGCAGGACGGAAAGUUGUGUAGGUAUGACUGUUCUACUCUUCCACUCUUUUUUUAAUAUAUUUUAUUUUCUCUAGAACUACUUAAAUAAAAACAGCCUUCUAUCUUGCCUUGUCUUAGUGCUUUAAAACAACUAAACUGGAGAUCUAACUACCAAACUGUUCAUUAUAUUAAAUACCAACUUUGGUUACAGUAUAGUGUCUUUAGCCAAUGGUUCUGUAUCCUUGUGCUUUUUAAAGCAGUUUUUAUAUUUGCUGCAAAAGUUGUUCAGUGUCUCUUGUUCCCUUCAUUAGAGAAUAUGCUAGAGGUAUGUUUGUUGGCAUUUUUGUUUAGAAAUACUAUUUCAUGCUCUCCAUUUUAUUUAUUUUAAUAGGUAAAAAGGUUGUACUUCAUCACUCAUGUAAACCUGUUCAUGAAGUUGAAAGUAAAUAAGAUUUGAUACACUGAUAUCAAUUUAUUUAUGUAACUAAAU